UGAAUGUACUGCCGGUGAAAGAGCUCAGUGGAGCUGUUGUGGAGGACUGCAGGGAUACAUCUACGGUGAAAACAGCCCGUUUUGCCGCUGUGUCUUCCGCACAGCAGCCGCUUCCCUGGGAGGUGUGGAAGUUUCGAGAAAAGCAGCGGUGGUUGAAGUUGAGGGGAGACGGUGAGAACUUCCUCUGAACGCUGCCACGUCUGAGCCCGGUCCCAGCCCCACUUCCUCUGGAGACACAGCUAACAGGACAGCAGCGGAGCAGAGGGAUAAACGUGAAUAAACUAACGAUCUGCCAUGUUGCCCAGGCUUCCUGUGUAUCUCCUGAUUUCUUUGCCAGUUCUCCUGGUGCAGGGCAGCACCACCACUUCAUCCAAAAAAAGCUCUGCUGCCCCAGCCAGCCCUCCACCUCGCCCGCCGCCUCCUCUAGGUGACCCCAGCUGGGCUCUGGGUCUGCGCCUGUACCAGGCCCUGCGCUCUGACUCGAGCUCAGUAAACACCCUGUUUUCACCUUUGCUUGUGGCCUCCUCACUUGGGGCUCUGAGUGGAGGCUCUGCAGGCACCACUGCCAGCCAGCUCCAAGACCUCCUCAAGACUCCUACCCCCUUCAAGGCUGGAGUCCAGGCCGGGGAGCAUCUGUCUGUGGCGUUGAAGAGCUUCGCAGAAGCCAAUGUCACUGCCUUUCACCUGCACACAUCCUCAGCUGUGUUUUCCAAGCAAGCUCCUCCGGUCAGCAAGGCCUUUGAGAAGGACGGCCAGGCCAGGUUCAGACUGCAGCAUCAGCCACUGGGGAAAGGAGACUCCAAGGCUGACCUGAAGCAGCUCCAUGGCUGGGCUAAAGCUGGGCUUGGUGGGCUGGAAGGAGCUCCUUUGGAGGCAGAAAUCCAGGCCAAGGCUGGAGCCUUGAUACUGGCUAAUGCCCUGCGCUUUAAAGGGCUGUGGGAGAGAGAGUUCGGCGAAGACAACACAGAUCGUCGUACCUUCUUGGGGAAAAAAUACACCAAAGUGAUGAUGAUGCACAGAGCAGGUUUGUACAGGCACCAUGAAGACAUAGAAAACAUGGUGCAGGUUUUGGAGGCGCCUCUGUGGGGAGGCAAGGCCAGUCUGGUGCUCCUGCUGCCCUUCCACGUCGAGAAUCUGGCUAGGCUGGACAAGCUGCUGACCCUGGAGCUGCUGUCCAAAUGGCUGGAGAAGACCAAUAUCACCAGUGUGGCAAUCUCACUGCCCAAGGCAAACAUUACCAGCACAAUCAGUCUGCAGAAACAGUUGAUCGCUCUGGGCUUGACCGAUGCCUGGGACCAGAAGGUGGCAGAUUUCUCUGGCGUGGCAGACAAGAGCAAAGGGAAGCUUCAUCUGGGUGGUGUCCUCCACUGGGCUUUCCUAGAGCUGGCUGCUCAAGCUGGGAAAGGAGAAGCAGAUCUAGAGGAGGAGAACAUAGAGAAGCCCAAGCUGUUCUACGCAGAUCACCCCUUCAUCAUCUUUGUUAGAGACAACGCCACCGGGGCCCUGUUGCUGAUGGGAGCUCUGGACCACGCAGAGGGAGAGGCCCUCCAUGAUGAACUGUAGCACCCUCCAGUGUCUCUCCUUUUUCUCUGUCUUUGCUGUCUCUGUCUCCUACACUCUCCCUCUCAAAAACGACACACUGGUUUCUAAGCCGAGACAUUGUCAUUCACUGUGGCACGCUAUCACAUCAGACCACGUCUGGCUGUCAUACAUUGACACUGCAUAGUCUCACACUGACUGGCACUGACACUGCCAUACCCGACACUUACACAGUCACACACACACAGCGACAACUACAUGGCAUACAUAAAUGAAAAUACUGUAGGAGACAAUACUAAAGUUGGCGGUUACAGCAAAAACACUAACUUUGAGAGAUUCACUGCCUUUUCUCUUUCCCACACAUGUGCACCCACACACACACAUUCAAGGCCUCAGUGAUCAAGUCAACACAAAACAAAAUGACAAACAAGUGUGUGCACUGACAAGCAGAAGUGGUUACACCGACACAACUCCUACAGCAGCAUCAACAAAGAACUUUAACAAACAGAGGCACAUAGUGACACUUGAAUCCUCCCUGUCAGGCAAAACACCAGGGCAGGUGUGUGUGUGUGUGUGUGUGUGGUGACCGACACAUUUAGGAUGCUCAUGCGGCUGCUCUCGGAGCUGGCAGGUACCUGUGGCUGGGAUCCCUUGGGCUAGAUCUGAGGAAGACUGAUGGAUCAGCCAAGUGCUUAUUGAUGAGCCAGCUUAAUGCUAAUGGCCGUAAUGAGUCACAACGCUUGUCAACAACACAGAGAGGACGGGGAACCUUUUAAUCCCUUAAUACCAUCAGGGAUCAAUGAUACCAUUAUGCUAUUGGAAACCAACAUGACUGACAUCGUUUGACUUAAACAUAACAACUUAAUAUUUGGGAUGAUUACAGCAAAUCAAAGAGGUAUUGAUUUCUGUUUGUAUAUUCGGUUCUUUAUUUAGCACCGUGGUGGAUGUAUGAUUUGAAGUGGAAGAAUGAACAGUAACUGAUACUUUUGGAAUGUGCAUUUGGUAUUUUAUAAGGUGCAUUUUUAUAAAUAAUUUUUCUUGUUUUUACUGUUUUUUUUUCACUCGAGCUACAGUAUAUUUAUCAGUGUCUCCACCUGAUCUUGAUACAAACCGAUCAAUCAAACAUACUAUUAAUAUAUAAUACAUGUGGAUUGCCACAGCUCCAUCUUCCUUGACAGCAUUUAUUUAUUUAUUUUUUUACGUAUACCCUGUACUGAAUUGGCUGACAUUGUGUCUCGAGAGUGUGUUGAAGCAGAUUUAAAGCCCUGAACUAGCAUCAGAUAUUGAAUUGACUUGCACUACCUAGAAAGUGCAGCAGCAACUUUGUCAAAACACUCACCAAAUGCUUCUAAACAAGCAAAGAUAGAAUGAGUUUCUUCCAUUUCCACCAAUAAAUAAUUGAGAAAAUAUAUGAGUGAGUUUAUAAAAAACAGACCUUGCUUGCCAUCCCUUUUUGACAGUGUUAGCGUUUUGGUAUCUUGAAUGUUUUAUUAAAAAUAAAGUCCUACUUCAUAG